CACUGUCCUCGCCCAGGUUCCCAAGGUCAUAACCCUGCAUAGAAAACCCAGCUCUGAGCUUCACAACCAUGGCCGAUACCGAACCCCCGAAACAGCCCCCUGCUGAAGAGGCCUCUGCAUUGACCGAGGAAGGUGUGGCGAAGGAGCCAUCCAAGAACGAACUCAAGAAACGAGCAAAGCAGGCUGAGAAAGAGAAAAAGGCCGCUGAGAAGGCCGCGCGCCAGGCGGAGCUUGCCCAACAGAAAUCUGCAGCUGACGAGGAUUUCGCAUCCGAGCUCUAUGGUAAAUUGCCUCUCAACCAGUCUCAAUCACGUCCGCGGAUCCCCCGCACCCAAAUCUCUUCCCUCUCUGCCGCGCUUGAUGGCCAAUCCGUCCUCAUCCGUGCACGCGUGCACACACUUCGCGCUCAAGGAAAUAAGAUGGUUUUCUUGAACCUGCGUCAGCGCAUUGAUUCUGUGCAGGCUCUGGUGACUGUCACUCCGGAAAAGGUAUCUAAACAAAUGGUCAAGUGGGUGGCCAGCCUUGGAAGUGAGAGCAUCGUGCUCGUCGAAGGCGUCGUUAAAACCGCACCGGAAGAAAUCAAGAGUGCGACAGUGGGGGAUAUCGAAGUCCACAUCAACAAAAUCUAUCUGAUCGCGAGCGUAGAGGGACGCUUGCCCUUUUCCAUUGAUGAUGCCUCACGUCCGGACACCGAUGACGCAGAGGCACAGUUCAACCGUGUGCUUCUCGACACUCGACUCAAUAAUCGCGUUGUUGACCUGCGAACACAAACCAAUCAAGCCAUCUUCAAACUCCAGUCAUCUAUUGGCAGCCUCUUCCGAGAGUAUCUGGACGAGCGCGGUUUCACCGAGAUCCAUAGUCCCAAGCUGCAGGGCGCAGCGACGGAAUCAGGUGCCUCUGUUUUCAAGGUCAGCUACUUCAAAGGGAGCGCCUUCUUGGCGCAGUCUCCCCAGCUUGCGAAACAGAUGGCCAUCGCCGCCGACUUUGAGCGCGUGUACGAGAUCGGACCCGUCUUUCGCGCGGAAGACUCUAACACUCACCGUCACUUGACUGAGUUCAUGGGACUCGAUCUCGAGAUGACCAUCGAAGAGCACUAUCACGAGGUCAUGGAGCUGCUCGAUGGCCUGUUCAAAUCCAUGUUCAAGGGCUUGACAGAAACGUACAAGAAAGAGAUCGAGGCGGUUGGCAGGCAGUUCCCUGCAGAAGAGUUCAAGUGGAAGGAGGAGACGUUGAAGCUCACAUUCGCACAGGCGGUCGACUUGUUGGUCGAAGAUGGGGUUGACCGGGCCAUUCUCGACGAUAUCAACACUGAAAACGAAAAGAGGUUGGGAAGGCUGGUGAAGGCCAAAUACGAUACCGACUACUUUAUCAUCGACAAAUUCCCCAUGGAACUUCGUCCAUUCUACACGAUGCCCGACCCGGAAAAUCCUGCGCUUUCGAACUCCUACGACUUCUUCAUGCGCGGUGAGGAAAUUUUAUCGGGAGCACAGCGGAUUCACGACCCCGUCCUGCUUGCAGAGAAGAUGCGAAGCAAGGGCGUCGAUCCCGAGAGUAUGAAGGGGUACCUCGACGCCUUUAGGAUGGGCUGCGCGCCACAUGGCGGAGGAGGCAUCGGUCUUGAGCGGGUGCUGAUGUUGUUCUUGAAGUUGAACAACAUCCGCCGUGCCUCGCUAUUCCCGAGGGAUCCCAAGCGGUUGGAGCCGUGACGUAGAGUUGUAAUGAUGAGAAUGGAACCGAGAGAAGAAUCAAUCGUCGUUGUGUACACUCCAUGCAUGCUGUAAAUGGGCUACUGUAACUGAUGCUGAGGCCGCUUUAUAAUAGGACGAGAGCAUGAUGGUUUAGGAAAUUAACGCGAUCGACCGAGCAGAUGAACUUCCUUCGUCCAUUUACGGCGUUUCCAGGUGUCCAAAGCAUCGUACGAGUCGAAUACAAAUCAUCGCUGUUGCUUGUACCC